AUGGUCACCAAAACCAAAAGGGCUGGUUCUUCGAUUUUAUCCAGCGUGUCUCGAGGGAUGAGUAUCCACUCCGAUCCUGAAGUUGUCACUUCUGAGCAACCGAGGACUGUUCCUAAACCACAAAAGUCUACUCCCAAGCAACAAGGAAGUACUCCUGAGCCCCAAGAAAGUAUUCCCGAGCCUCAAGGAAGAGUUUCUAAACAGGAAGAGACUAUCCCUGUACAGCAAAAGGUUAUUCCUGUACACCAAGAAACUAUUUCUGUACAGGAAGAGUUUAUUCCUGUACGACAAGAGACUAUUCCUGCGGAACAAGAGACUAUUAUCGAGCAGCAAGAGGCUAUUACCGUAAAACAAGAGGUUACUCCUGAAUUACGGCAAGAUAUCAUUCCCGAACGGCAAGAGACCAUCCCUGAAUUACGACGAAAAAUUAUUCCUGAACGGCGAGAGACUAUUCCCGAAGUACGGCGAGAAACUAUUCCCGAAGCACGGCGAGAAACUAUUCCCGAAGCACGGCAAGAAACUAUUCCCGAAGCACGGCGAGAAACUAUUCCUGAACGACAAGAGGCUAUUCCUGAGCGUCAAGAGACUAUGCCUGAGCUAGGAGGUGCCACCGCCGAGCCACGAUAUACCACUGCUGGGCCAUCUUCCCCGGCAACUGCCGAAGAUACUAGUCUUUUUCAGCACUCCGACUGGUAUGAUCGUCCAGACCAGGGCCUUGACCUCAAUCUGGCUGCCGCUCAAACAGGGAAUUGGAAACGUUGGACAGUAAAGCUGGAGUUCACUCAACAAGGUAGCAGACGUACCGGAACCGCUUUCUAUAUCAAUCUAGCCCAAAAAUCAGGUCGAAUACUUCUGACGGCAGGGCACAACCUCAUAAGCGAAGAUGGCGAGAUAGUUCAAGACAUGAAGAUUUCGGAGACAGGCGAAGUUAUUACACCAGCGAAUAUAUUUAUUUCUGAGGUUUAUAGGAAUAAACCAUGUUCAGACAGCAAGGUUGAUGACUAUGGAAUGAUAUUGUUACCUGGGCGCCCGCAGGGUGGGUUUGGAUUCUCGCUGAAGGUGGCCGAAGCUUCAUCUUCUGAUAUGAGGCAAAUUGGGGUCAACAUUAUUGGCUAUCAUCAAAUUAUCAAUGAACCCGACUUCUACUCUGGGAGGAUUGACCAAGUUGCGCCGAAAUGUCUCAAAUACAAUAUUCAAUCUGUCCCUGGGAACAGUGGCGGCCCUGUUUGGAUAGGAAGUGAAGGGAGAGAAAUUGCAAUUGGGAUACACAACUACGGGGGCGAUAAAAAGAAGAAAAAGUCACCGGCCCAAGGAACUCGAAUACAUCUUGGUGUGCUCGAGGAUAUUUGCCGAUGGACAGCGGCUUCCGGGUGCAGCGUUGGAUACCUAUCAAAAAGACUCGCUGUUUGUGGUUUAAAGCCACCGCACGACAAGUAUCCAGACCCUGAGCUAACUUUUUACAUGAAAUUCGCGAGGGGGGUGAGGACUGCAAAAGCUCGCUUGGGGGCUGAAGAACUCGAAACCACUUUCGAUGUGCUGCCUGGCCUUACACCUUCUUGUGCUGGGGGAGCAAACGGACUCCAAAAAUCACUAACACCUGCACGAUACGUGUUCAGGUUUAAGGAGUGGACGGCCUGGCAGGAAAACAGCGAUGACGAAGGCGAGGAUACAGGCGGGAGACGUGUCGCUCCCACAAAUUCGGAACCAAAGCCACAGUGGGUACGAUGGAGAACCGACAAGGAUAUCGAUAGAGUCGAGCUUUCUGAGAGAAUCAGAGAUGAUAGUUUGGUGGAACUGCAAGACAAAGCUAAAGGAUUCCAAAUUAUACAAGGCCAGAGGAAGCUGCGAAUGAUGGUGGAUGACGUUGACCAGAUGCCACCGGAAGGCCCAGAAGGAUUGUAUGAAUUGUAUGAAAGUGAACGAGUUGGGUUCAUACCGGCGGGGGCCAAGCAUACAGAGAACCUAUAUUGUCUGUUCCGGUUUGCCGAAGACGGGGAAAAAAAACAGUAG